UUGUGCCACAACCCUCCGUACAGUGUGAAGAGUGAACCAUUCGGACUGUGGGUAGUUCAAGUGAACUCUCCGCACGGUCCGGAGAGUGUGCGAAGCAUUGCUUGCUCCACAAAUUUUUAUUUAUUUAUUACUAUUUUUUUAUCACUACAAAUCCAUCUCCAAAAAUCCCUCUGUCUUCAUUAGUUCAACUCUUCUCUUCCUAUCUCUCUAUAUGUUAUUUCAAAUUCUCUUAAUCGAUCCAAGAAUACAAUAUUGUUAUGGCAAGGGCAACAAGAAGCUAGCGAAGAAGCUAAUAGAGAAAAAGGGUCAAGAAAUUUCUCUCCUCCGCAUUGUCCUAUAUUCCAACCACGAAAUGUAAAAGAACAAGAUCGAAGAAAAAUCAAAUAAAAUGGUGCUUUUAUUGGGAUUUUGACUUUCUUUGGGCGAAUUCAUUUCAUAGCAUUUCUGGAAUGAAUUUAAAGUUUUUGUUAUUUAUUUUAAAUUUCUAGUACGACAUUUCUUGACAUUUUGCUUGAUUAUGUUUUUAAUUUGGUUGCAUACUAUUGCCUUAUAUUCUUUGGCAAAAAUCCUUUGGUAGGCGUUUUCCUAUAUAUGUUUGAGCUUCAGAUUUUUUGUAAUUUGGGUUUUAGAUUGAGCUUGGUUUUAUUACAUAUCAUGAUCAAAAUGUGCUUUCAAAAAGGUGAAUGGAACUAGAUAAAUGUUUGAUGAAAUGAUUAAGAGAGAGGACGAGGCUAUUGAUCAUAAUGUUUGGCUUUUAAACGUUUGACUUUUAAUUUAUCAAAAUGCAAGAAAUGAUUUUUCAUUUUUUUCCCUUCUUAAAAAUAAUUUUUUUUUUAAAAAUUUCAUAGCAUUGUAAAUGAUAAUUUGCAUGUUAGUUUUAAGGAUCCAUACGGAGAGCUCUUUGAAUUUGGUCGAUUUUAUCUUCUUAAACAUACUAGCCUUUUGUGGUGCUUGUUUAUAGAUUUCAUUCUGGAUGCCUUUAGAGAGCAAAUUAUUUUGUUUAAGUAAAGUGUUUAAGCUGACUUGACAUUGAUUAGGACAUACAGAGAUAGUUGCUUUUAGAGUUUUAAAAUUAGACUACAAAGACACAGGUAUUGGAUAGAUUUAAAUUUAAAGAGGUCUUGACUCCAAAGAAAGUGAAUACAUCAGCUAUGUCGUGAUUUUAAUAAAAUCUUUAAUGUGAUUGGAUGGAAUAAUAAUUAAUUAUGUGUAUUCCAAUAAGAAAAUAUCAAAAUCUAAUCAAUCACCCUCAUUAAUCCAGUAAUUUAAGUAGAAACAUUCCAAUUUCCAAAUAAUGAUUAUACACAGAAUAUGAUAAUAAUUACUAAUUUCUGCAGGAUGUGUUCGACCUAUUGCCAAAUCUCGUGUCUGAGUUAAUUAAAUCUUUUGCAAGUAACGUGGCUAAAUGUGUAUUGAUACUUUCUUUAUUUUUCAGUUCACAUCUACAUUGUUAGAUAAGAUUCUGAAGACAAUUCUUUAAUGAAUUUAUUCUCUACUUCCGCUUGCAAUGAAAACAAAUGAUAUGAUGUUGGUCAUAUAUCUCUCGUCCCUUAUCUGAAGGGUGAUUGCUCUACAUAACUUGAUCAACAACAAGAAAUUUCCCACGCAGUUUGCCACCUGUUGGAAUGUCAAAUCUUGGUGAAAAUUCCUUAUUGACAGGACUGCUGAGUCCUACAUCUCAAAGAAAUAAAAAAGCUGAUUCAAGUAGAAAAAGAAUUCGCCGGUGUAAAAGUGCUCGAUUGGCUGAAUUAGUUCCUGGUGAACUGGAUGGCAAAAAUGAGGCUACAACGCUUCCUCAUUCUGAAUCCUUUUUGGACAAGCCACAUCCCAGUUUCAAAAGAGUAGCCAUUUUCUUAACGUUCUACUUGGUUGUUGGUACUAUUUGUUUUUCCUUUGUUAUGAAGCAGAUCAAAGGAGAGAAAAUAAAUGUAGUCCUUGAUGCUGUUUACUUUUGCAUUGUCACAAUGACUACUGUUGGAUAUGGAGACCUUGUGCCCAACAGUGUAGCCACAAAACUGCUAGCCUGCGCUUUUGUGUUCUCAGGGAUGGCUCUAGUUGGAUUAAUGCUUAGCAAAGGUGCAGACUACAUAGUAGAGAGGCAGGAAAUUCUUCUUAUCAAGGCUCUGCAUAAGCACCAGAAACUUGGUCGAGAUGAAAUGCUUAAGGAGAUUGAAACUAACAAAGUACGGUACAAAUGUGUUACGAUGACGGUUCUUCUUAUAAUGCUCAUUAUAGUUGGGACAGUCUUCCUUUCAACAGUUGAGAAAUUGAAUUUUAUCGAUGCCUUUUAUUGCGUCUGCUCUACCAUCACAACCUUAGGAUAUGGAGAUAAGAGCGUCUCGACCAAGGCAGGACGUGUUUUUGCUAUAUUUUGGAUUUUGACGAGUACUCUCUGCUUGGCUCAGUUCUUUUGUUACAUUGCCGAACUUAACACAGAAAGCAGGCAGAAGGAUUUGGUCAAGUGGGUUCUUACCAGGACAAUGACAAAUGUGGAUUUAGAGGCAGCUGAUCUCCAAGGGGAUGGGAAAGUAUGGGCUGCUGAAUUUGUCUUAUAUAAGCUAAAAAUGAUGGGAAAAGUUAAUCAAGAAGAUAUUUCACUUAUAAUGGAUGAGUUUGAAAACCUUGAUGUUGAUCAAUCUGGAACUCUGUCAAGCUGUGACUUAACGCUCGUUCAAUCAGCUCAAACAUAGAGAGGAGUCAGAACAAUGGUUUUCCCUGAAGAAUUAUGAAUGUUUGUGCUGGAAAAAUAGUGCAAUACACCUUCAUUUCAUCGGAGGCUUUGGAGCCAUAUCCCAUUUCCAUGUAUAAACAUACGUUCUAUAUAUAUA